AUGGCGGCGUACGGAGGACACAGAGAUGUGGAGUUCCUGGAGGUUCAGGACAGUCAGACCGACUGUCAGAUCAAAACACAGGCUGGGUUAUGUCCGUCUAACGGUAUAGGAGGUUCAGGAAAGUCAGACCGUCAGAUCAAAACACAGGCUGGGUUAUGUCCGUCUAACGGUACUAUAGGAGGUUCAGGACAGUCAGACCGUCUGAUCAAAACACAGGCUGGGUUAUGUCCGUCUAACGGUAUAGGAGGUUCAGGACAGUCAGUCCGUCUGAUCAAAACACAGGCUGGGUUACGUCCGUCUAACGGUACUAUAGGAGGUUCAGGACAGUCAGUCCGUCUGACCAAAACACAGGCUGGGUUAUGUCCGUCUAACGGUAUAGGAGGUUCAGGACAGUCAGUCCGUCUGAUCAAAACACAGGCUGGGUUAUGUCCGUCUAACGGUAUAGGAGGUUCAGGACAGUCAGACCGUCUGAUCAAAACACAGGCUGGGUUACGUCCGUCUAACGGUAUAUAG